AUGCAAAGUCCAGAAACACAUAAAAAUAGACUUUUAACAGGAAUACCUGAUCAAUUAUUUUAUCUCCAUAAUGGUAGCCCAGUAGAAUCAGAAGAACCUUUACAAAAUGAAUAUAAUAAUUCUUGCCAAGAAAAUAGUACAUGGAGUGCAUAUUCAGUUGCCCUUUUUGUGCCAUUGGGUAUUUUAAGUGGAUUUUUUGACUGGAAUCACACAAUGACAUUUAUUUUUAAUUUUAUAGCAAUUAUUCCUUUAGCAGCGAUACUUAGUUUUCUCACUGAAGAACUUUCCAUGAACAUUGGACAGACUACGGGAAGUCUUCUUAAUGCAAGUCUCGGUAAUGUUGUAGAAUUGAUCAUUUCCAUUAUUGCAUUGAGUAAAGGGCAAUUAAGAAUUGUACAGACAUCUAUGCUAGGAUCUAUUUUAUCAAACGACCUAUUAGUUCUUGGAAUAUGUUUUAUUGCAGGUGGUUUAUAUUAUCGAGAACAGAAAUUUAAUAUGACUCUUGCACAAACUAUGUCAUCUCUUAUGGCAGUAGCAACAAGUUCUCUUUUAAUACCUGCUGCCUUUAGACUAUCAUUGCCUGGUACAGAUGAAACAAAUAAAAGCAUUGUUAUAUUAUCACGUGGUACAUCAAUAUUUUUGUUAAUUAUAUACUUUUUAUAUUUAAUUUUUCAACUAAAAACACAUACAGAAUUUUACGAUACAGUUAUUGAAGAUAGUCAUAAAGAAUCUAUUCCUCCCAUUAUUUCUGGAAUUCUUCUCAUUUUGGUUACAGGUUUAGUUUCAAUAUGUGCAGAAUAUCUUAUUGAUUCAAUUGAUUUGUUUGUUGCUUCAUAUAAUGUUAACAAAACAUUUAUAGGUUUAAUACUUAUACCUAUUGUUGGAAAUGCUGCAGAACAUGUUACGGCUGUAAUUGUAUCAAUAAAAAAUAAAAUGGAUCUUGCUAUUGGUGUCGCCCUUGGUUCUUCCAUGCAAAUCGCACUUUUUAUUACUCCUUCUCUUAUUAUUAUUGGGUGGAUUAUUGGACAACCCCUUACACUGUAUUUUAAGACAUUCGAAACGGUUAUUAUGUUUAUUAGCGUUUUUAUUAUAAACUAUUUAAUUCAAGACGGUAAAAGUAAUUGGCUCGAAGGGAUUAUGCUUAUAGCAGUUUAUUGUAUUAUAUCUAUCGCUUUUUUUCUUUAUCCAGAACAAAAGGCUGUAUAA